UGAACCAAUUCACAUUCAAACAAACAGGUUAGAUCCGCAGUUCUUUUCUCACACACUAAAACACACACUUAAAAAAUUUCUUGAAAAUUUUUCUUCUGAAUUUCUUUAAGUUCUUUCUUGUUUCCCCCCUCUGAAUUCCCCGCUUCUGUGUUUCCCUUUCUGUAAAUCAUCUUUUUAAGAAAAAAAAUUGAAAUUAAUUUGACUUUUCUCUGGGUUUUUCAUGGAUUUAUCAAGAACAAAAAAGCAAACUUGAUUUGGGAUUUUUUUUUCAACAAGGUGUUUUCAGAAUAGAGAUCCAUCUCUUUUAAUUUGGGUUCUAUUUCAAUCGACUUUAUUUUCAUUUUUAUGUAAAUCUUUUUAAAUUUCAUUAUUUUCGUCAAAUAUCACACCUUUUCAGGCUUAUUUUCGUCCUUUUAAGGUUGAUUUCUUCAGAAAAGAAGGUUUGCUUAUUUGAAAACCUUAAUUAUUCUGGGUUUUAUCAUUUUGUUGUUUAUUCGAAAAAUUAAAAAAAAAAAAAGAUUAAUGACGUCAGCAACAAUGGAGUUCUGGAACACUACCGGAGGUUUCCAGCAGUCGUCGGCAGGCGGUGAGCUCAUGGAAGCACUUGAACCUUUUUACAAAAGUGCUUCGGUGGAUUACCAAAAUACCCUCUCUUUCUCUUCAUUCUCUCCUUCUCCUUCUACAUCUUAUUCAUGCGCCUCUUCGUCUUUUUUAUCUUCUUCUUAUUCAUACCCUUCUUCGUAUUUUUCACCUUCUCCUUCUUCCUCUACGACCCAACAACAAUUCGGAUCGUACCCGGAUUGUUACUUACAUGGGUUUUCUACCCCAGACCCGUUUUAUUAUGAACAACCCGGAUCAACAUCCGGGUUAAACCAAUUUACCCCAAUACAGAUCCACCAGAUUCAAGCCCAGAUCCACUUCCCCAAGAAUGGAACCCAAUUCAGUCCGAAACCUGUACCCAUGAAGCAAUCUGGGUCACCUCCAAAACCCACGAAGCUUUACAGAGGUGUAAGGCAACGUCACUGGGGAAAAUGGGUCGCCGAGAUACGAUUGCCCAAGAACCGCACCCGGCUUUGGUUAGGUACCUUUGAUUCAGCAGAGGAAGCCGCGCUGGCCUACGAUAACGCCGCAUACAAGCUGCGUGGUGAAAACGCGCGGCUCAAUUUUCCUCAUCUCCGUCACAACUGGUCUCAGACCGGUGGCGACUACAAGCCACUCCACUCCUCCGUUGAAGCCAAGUUACAGGAAAUUUGUCAGAUCUUGGCAGAAGGGAAGAGCAUCGAUGGUUGUAAGAAGUCACGACAGUCUUCGGGAAAGUCAAAGAAGGCGACAGAGCAGGCGGAAGUUGUGAAGGUUGCAGGUUCCGAGAGUGACGGCGAAGGAGUGUCCGGUUGCGGGGAUUCUUCGCCGUCGUCGGGACUUACCUUUGCUGAUUUCUCAGUGGAAGAAAGCGCGUGGUGUGAUUCUGAAAAUUUCUCGCUGGAAAAGUUCCCGUCGUACGAGAUCGAUUGGGAUUCUAUUUGAUGUUAUCGUUUAUUUCUUCGUUUGCUACAUAUGGUACAACUAAUAGUAGCUUUAGUAGGGUAUAUUUGUAAUUUACUGGGGAAGUUUAGCUACUGCAAUCGAGUUUUUUGGUAAUUGCAGGGCUUGACACUUCCUCUUCAGUGGAUAGUUUCGUAAAUUUGAAGGUCUUUGUAUUUUUCUUAAUGUUGGUGGGCUAGGGUAGAAAUGUAACUUGGCUGGUGGUUUUUUUCUUGGCCAAAUUCCAUGUAUUUUACCUUUAUAUUGUAUUUUUCUGUGUUUUAGUGGUACGAUUAUAAUUUAAAAUUUAGACAAAA